AACUUUAAUUUUAUGUAUUUAGGCAUUGCCAAAUAAAAAUUCAAAAAUUUUAUGUAUUUUUUCUUAUCAUGGGUUAAGUUUCGAAAUUAGUCAAAAUGAUUUAUUUUUUUUUUGGAGGAACGGUUUAAACACCCUUUUGAGUUACAUACUUUUCUGCCUAUUUACUGUUGACAUCGAUGAUUUUUAUGAUUUGAUUAUUAAAUUCACAACGUCGUCAUCGUCUAUCUUCUUAAGAAAAUAAGGAGAAGAAGAAGUAAAUCUCGUAUUACUCUUCCUCUAAUCACAAAAAUCAUAUAAAAAUGGAGAAAAUUGGGAAAAGAUUUGAAGGGAAAGUGGUGAUUGUAACAGCUUCUACACAAGGUAUUGGAUUUAGCAUAGCUCAGAGACUGGGAUUUGAAGGUGCUUCUGUUGUUAUCUCCUCUCGCAAACAGGAAAAUGUAGAUGAAGCAGUAAAGAAACUGAGAGAUGGAGGAAUUGAAGUGUUGGGAUUAGUAUGUCAUGUCUCAAAUGCACAACAGAGGAAGAAUUUGAUAGACAAGACGAUUCAGAAAUAUGGGAAACUAGACGUGGUUGUGUCAAAUGCCGCUGUUAAUCCAUCAGUAGAUGCAAUAUUAGAAACUAAAUCAUCAGUCCUUGACAAGCUGUGGGAUAUCAAUGUCAAGGCCGCUAUACUACUACUACAAGAUGCAGUUCCUUACCUUAAGAAGGGUUCAUCAGUUGUUCUAAUUUCCUCAAUUUCUGGUUACUCGCCACCAGCUUCAAUGGGUAUGUAUGGGGUGACUAAAACUGCACUACUCGGACUUACCAAGGCUCUUGCAGCUGAAAUGAGUCCAGAUACUCGUGUAAACUGUGUAGCACCGGGUUUUGUUCCUACGCAUUUUGCUGAUUUCAUCACGAGUAAUGAACAAGUGAGGAGAGAGAUCGAGGGUAAGACAUUACUCAAUAGGCUUGGAACAACACAUGACAUGGCCGCUGCUGUUGCUUAUUUGGCUUCUGACGAUGCUUCUUAUGUAACUGGAGAAACUCUGGUUGUCGCUGGAGGAAUGCCUUCCAGACUUUAACUUCUCUAUCGCAGUGCCUCUCCUUCUGUUUUAGUUAGCUUGCAUCAGCCUAGGACGGACAUGCUUAUGAUGUUAUGCAAGUCCUGUGACCGAUACCAAAGGGGAAGCAUGAAUCAGACCAAGAAGACACCGCUCUCUGCUUGUCGUUACAACAACAGACACCCACACCGGAGUUUCAUUAUCUUAUUCCUUUUGUAGAACUUCUUUCUUUUAGCUCUAUACACCUUGAGAGCAAAUAGCUACAAGAUGUUCAACUUUUAUCUCAACUGAUAGAUAAUAAUCAACAGAAGUUUGUCAUGAAAUGACAUUAUCAAGGUGAAUAGCCUUAGAAGUUUGGGAAA